AUGGCUCAGGAAGGCCAGAUCGAAAAACUGCUUAGGGAGCUAGGCCUAACCUUUGGGCAAGACGCGAAAGCCCGAGAUAGAGAGCUACUCACCUUUGACAAUCCACACUCAUGCGAGCACUGUCGAGAUAGUGUCGUUGAGGUCGGGCAAGAACAUACCGUGAUUCACUGCCAAUGUGGAUGGUCAGGCCAAGGCCCGGUUGUAAGCCCCAAGUAUCGGGCGUGCGGUAAAUGCGGGAUGCUUCACGAUAAUCAAGUCCACAGAGAGUACUCAUCUACGCUCCAGUAUGGACUCAAGGACGCUGUGGUUGCUGCCCGGUCGGGCUGUCUGCUCUAUGUGUUUCUCCUCGACUCUCUCGGCUCCCCCAAACAUGUUCUCUAUAUGUUAGAGGAUGACUUCAGCUGGAACACGAUACAAUCUCUAUUCACUAUGGGGAAAUUCCAUCUCAGCGGGACAAUAAACUCUCUCGAUGGAGUUCCUGCCAACUGCUAUAUCUCAUGGGGUAUCUCAACUGCAUCACACUCUUUCACGGGAGGCGAGCUGCGCAUGUGGGCAAUGGCUGGCGACGGAGCUUCCAAGUUCAUCGACUCUCGUCCUUACGAGUCCAAUGUCGACUCUGAUGCCAGCUGGGACUUUGCCCGCCGGUGCCUUGAUACAUGUCGAGAAAGGCACGGACGAUGUCGUGAGCGUUUGACAGAUGGGUCGGACAUCCGGCUGCGGAGCAUAGGCGAAGGUUUAAGCAGCGAGCAGACCGACAUAGCCAACAUCCCAUCUCGAUUACUAGAUGUCCAAGCUGGAGCUGGAAGUCGCAUCAAAGUCAUCAAGGUCGACACAUUGUCGGGCGACGAACAAGCCGUCCUUUGUUCAUCUGGUUUCGCAGCACUCUCGUACUGUUGGGGAGGCCCGCAAUCACUGACGCUGACCAAGUCGCAAAGCCAACAUCUUUACGGCGGUUUCUCCCCUUCAGAGCUUCCGAAAACCAUUCAGGAUGCCGUUCGUGUCGUUCAGAAACUUGGCCUUCGUUAUUUGUGGGUUGAUGCGCUUUGCAUCCAACAGGACAGCGACCAAGACAAGGCAGCUGAGAUCUCUCGAAUGGAAACCUACUACGGCAGCGCCACAGUCACCAUCUGCGCUGCCGCCUCCUUCAGCGCCGAGCAGGGAUUUCUGUUUCGUCGAAAGAGUCACCAGUUUGCUACUGGACCUUUGAAGCUACCUCUGCGGAAUAAGAACGGCACUGACGAAGGCCACGUCUACUUAUUGAAGGAAGCCAAAGCACCACCGGAGCCGAUAACGACACGCGGAUGGACCAUGCAGGAGUCGCUACUGUCACGGCGGAUAUUAAUUUACUCUGAAAGACAACUCUACUGGUCCUGCUCAACCUCGAUAUCCGGCUGCGGCGGGGAGCUCGUCGCCAUGGAAGACAGGGUAUCAGGGAACAUACAGUCCUUGGUCGACAACAUUUAUCCCAUCGGGGCCUCACUUCAGCUCCCGACGGCAAACCAGUGGCAGCAACUCGUGAUGGACUACACUGCCCGUCACAUAGGCGUUCCCGGUGACAAGCUCCUCGCAAUAUCGGCCUUGGUGGCUCAUCUGUGGAACAUUUCCAAGGACCGGGGGGAGAAGCCAGCCUACAUUGCAGGGCUGUUUGUAAUCCUGGCAAAGAGCACCUCUUUCCUUGAGCAGCUCCGUUGGAAUGCAAUUGACCCAGCUAAAUCACGGCGCGCGAGUGUAUAUAGGGCACCUUCAUGGUCGUGGGCAGCUAUCGACGGUCCCAUCUGGAACCACUUACACAACGACCGCUUCGACUUUAACGGCGACCCCAUAAUGCCAGCAGAUAGGGCAGUGAUUCGCAGCUACUCUGUCGAUCUAGUGCAUCAAAAGUUGCCCUUUGGAAGUGUUAGAGACGCACACAUAAUUAUCGAGGCCAAAAAGCGUCGCCUUGGCGAAUGUGUCAACAUUCCAGGCCUAGCACUGAUGAUUCGACCUGGUGGACCCAACGAUGAGAGUUGGGGCAUUCGUCUAUUCCCCGACACAGAGGAGGAUGCACAAACAAUGAGGGACAUAAUAGAAAAGAAGAACAACUCUGGGGGUGAUAUUUCCUUGUUACUCCUCCACACAUCCAGAGGUCUCUACAGAUCCCAAGGUCUUGUUGUCUCACCAACCGCCUCAGGGGACAUGGUAAGGAUCGGUGUUUUUGACCUUCACGAGUAUGCCCUGGCUGAAUCUGAUCGGGGAAGCAUCUUCAAGACAUGCGUGCCAACAUCUGUCCGCUUGGUCUAA